CACCGCCACCGCCUCCACUCUCCCAUCCUCACCAUUUCAUCUCUUCUCCACAAGGCCCUGCAAAGAUUAAGAUCAAGCCUCCGUAUUUAGAAAAUAAUAGAAAAUGGCAUUCAGACCAGAAAUGGCCGUACUUCAAUUUGACCGUCCACCCACAAUGUACUCUUAUUCCUAGAUUUGACCCUCACUUCUUCGUGACUCUGUCUUAAAAUCUUUAGCCAGUUCACAUCUUUUCUUAUACUUUCUUUGACUUGUAAAGAUGUGAAUCCUGAAGCAAGGUCCAGCUCGCAAUCCUGUCAACGCGAAGAGGUCGGCUUUCGUUAAAAAUAUGAACAUUUUGUGGCCGGAAAAACAGCGCCAACGCGAGAAAAUGGUGAAAGAGAUGGGUUGUAAGUUACCCACCAAACAGGGCCUGCAAGUCAAACGCCAAGGCGCGUAUUCUUUGAUGAAUUAUCAUUUACGAAACAGCGUUGAAACUUGAAACUCAGUUGGCCCUAUUGUCCAUCAUCAUGUAUUUUCGUACUUAUCUAGAGAUCGAUUAAGGGAUCACUUAAUUGCAUUAAGUGGCUAGUAGUCAAACACCCAUUAAAUUAAUUGAACAGAGUGGCUGUCAAAGUGAAUGGAUUCCCUUUCUCUUCUCCUUCCUGUCUCUUUCUCUUUCAGAGCGCCUCCGCUGGGUCGAUGAGAAGGCGGAGUGCAAAGCAGAGUAAAAUCCAGACCUUUUUUUUUUUUUUGCAUUUUUGGGCUUCCAGAACAUGGAAAGCUCAACCCUACUUUUCCCCCGAUCUUUCGAGUCGAGGUUUUAGUUUUCUGAAAAAUCUGUGAUCAAAAUUCUGAUUUCUUUUCUUUUGCAACAGUUCUUUUGUGAUCAAACCUUGUUUCCCUUCAUCUUCUCAGCUAUUCGAAAAUCUCUAGAACUUCUCUCUGUUUGAACACUAGCUGAAACGUCUCCCCAAAUAUCAAUACAAUCUUUGAAUCUAAUUUCAAUGUAUUCUUCUUUCCCUUUUACCUUUUAUCCCCUCUGUUUACUACUUUUGUGCUUCUUCAUACCCCAUUCUCUUUCUGAUCCAAGAACUACACAAGUGGCCCUUAUAUGCUCCAACAGAACCGCAUUAAUGCCUGAGCGUCAAACUUUCAUUGCAAAUUUCUUAGAAGCUAUGGACCAAGUGACUCCAUUGAUUAGCACCCAGAGAUAUGCAGACGUUACCAGUGGAACUGGUAGUACCGCAGUUUUUUUGUUUGGUGAAUGCAUGGAAGAUCUUUCUCAGAAUGAUUGUAAUCUUUGUUUUGCCCUCUGCAAAACCCAACUCCUCAGAUGCGUCCCAUUCCAAAAGUCCACCCGGGGUGGUAGAAGUUUCUAUGAUGGGUGCUAUAUAAGGUAUGAUGAUUAUAAAUUCUUUGAUGAGGCUUUGAGUGCUGAAGACAAGACUGUGUGUGGAACUAAGGAUUUUAGUGGAGAUCAAACUGUUUUCAGAGCUAAUGCUAUUGAAUUGGUGAGGAACUUGAGUGUUGAAGCGCCUGGGAAUGAUGGGUUCUUCGUUGGCUCUGUGAAUCGAAGUAAUAUAUCAGUGUAUGGGUUGGCUCAGUGUUGGGAGUUUGUGAAAGGGAGCGCCUGUGCAGAGUGCUUGGCGAAUGCCACCUCAAGGAUUGGCUUGUGUCCUCCCAAGGAAGAAGGGAGGGUGUUGAAUGCUGGGUGUUACUUGAGGUAUUCUACCCAAAAGUUCUAUGACAAUUCCACGAGUGAUUUUGUAGAAGAGAAUGAAGGAAGCAGCAGACUAGCUAUUAUUCUGGGUGUAACUUCAUCUUCUUUUGCUCUUUUGCUGAUCAUCGCGAUGACCGUUUUCUUUGUGAGGAAGAAACGUGCAAAGAGGAGGAGAGAAAAAAAGCAACUAGGUGAUCUGUUGGCCACUGUGAACAAGUCCAAACUCAAUUUCUCAUAUGAAACUCUUGAGAAGGCCACAAACUACUUCCACCAUUCCAAUAAACUUGGGCAAGGAGGAUCUGGUUCUGUAUACAAGGGGAUUAUGCCGGAUGGAAAGGUUGUCGCCAUAAAGAGGCUUUUCUUCAAUUCAAGACAAUGGGUUGAUCAUUUCUUUAAUGAAGUCAAUUUGAUCAGUGGCAUUGACCACAAAAAUCUUGUAAAGCUAUUAGGAUGCAGCAUUACAGGUCCUGAAAGCCUUCUUGUUUAUGAAUAUGUGCCAAAUCAAAGCCUUCACGAUUAUCUUGUUAAAAGGAAUGCUCCACCUCUAGCAUGGGAAAUGAGGUAUAAAAUUCUAUUGGGUAUAGCUGAGGGCUUGGCCUAUCUGCAUGAGGAAUCUAUGUUAAGGAUCAUACACAGAGACAUAAAAUUAAGCAAUGUUCUGCUUGAUGAGGACUUUGCAGCAAAGAUUGCUGAUUUUGGGCUUGCUAGAUUAUUUCCAGAAGAUAAGACUCACAUCAGCACUGCCAUUGCAGGCACUCUAGGCUACAUGGCUCCAGAAUAUGUGGUUCGGGGAAAAUUGACUGAGAAGGUGGACGUCUAUGGUUUUGGAGUCCUUGUUAUCGAAGUUGUCUGUGGAAAGAGAAACAAUUCCUUCACUCAAGAUUCAUUCUCUAUCCUACAAAUGGUUUGGAACCUUUAUGGAACUGGACGAUUGUAUGAAGCUGUUGAUCCAUCGCUUGGGGGUAACUUUCAAGAAGAUAUGGCAUCUAGAGUACUUAAAGUAGGGCUACUCUGUGUUCAAGCCUCUGCAGAACUGCGUCCAUCAAUGUCAUUAGUUGUGAAAAUGCUUACUGAAAACCAUGAAACUCCUCAGCCAACGCAGCCACCAUUUCUACAUUCUGGUAAUGCAGAAUCCAGUCCAUUGGUAAAAGCAGAAACUUCCCAUUCCCUGCCCGAGUCCGGCACUCAAUCUUCCAAGAAUAGCAUGACACAAAGCUGGAUUGAGCCUAGAUGAAAUAUUUCCUUGCAAGAUAUUCUUGUAAUAUUGGGCUUAACUCUGAACUCAUCUGGGCUGGGGUCCCCAUUCACUGGGUAAUUGUGCUGUUCCAGACAUGAAUCAGUCUUGCUUCCUAGAUUUCCUUCCUGUUUGCUUCAUUCCCGAGUUGGACAUUAUCUGGAACGGACCAUUUUCCAAGCUGAGCUGGUUGCUCGACUUCCUGGGUUGUUCACAGCUAUUCUGGAUUUAUGAUGACGCUUCAACUUCAAUCAUCUACUGGAAUUGUGCCGGUUCGAUCCAAAUGCUUUCUGUAAAUUACAUGUAAAUCAGUGAAUCUGCUAUACUGGAUGAAUCUUUCUAAAACUUUUUUUUGUCUUAGGGGAAUCUCACAUUUACGAGCCAUCUGAUUUUUAGAUAAGUCAUGCCAUUUGGGGCUGCUCUUCCUUA